CGUGUGUGUGCUGGUGGUGUGUGUGGUUGCCCACAGUGGUGUGCUGCAGUCUGCUCCCUGCUAUAGUUGAGUAAACUACAUGGACACUAGCGAGCGCAGCGGCACAAUCAGCGACCCACGAGCAGCAGCAGUAGCAGCAGCGGCAGCAGAGUGCGUGCGCGAGCGUGGAAACUCUCGUUAAACGGCUGCGAGACCAGAACAGAAACCCCGGCGUGUAAAAGCGACUCAUUCACACCAGUUCGCAGCUGCAGAACAGUGAAGAAAGGGCUCCGUGAACUCGGCUGGUGCCGUGUUUUGUGCUGUGAACGCCAGGCAGAGAGAGAGUGAGGGAGGGAGCGAGAGCUCGGCGGGAAUGGCUUCGUCUCCGUGCGGCAACAUGAACUUUGAUUCCGGUCUGGAAAUCAAAACUCGCUCGGUGGAGCAGACGCUAAUUCCUUUGGUAUCGCAGAUCACCACCCUGAUCAACCAUAAAGACAAACCAAAGAAAUCUGAGCGCACCCUGGCAGCCAUACACAGGGUGGGCCAGGCAGUGAGUGUGGCAGUGGGAAGAUUUGUUGCUGUCGGGGAAGCCAUCGCUGCGGAAAACCAAGAGCUGAAGGAUGAGAUGGGUCAAGCCUGCUUCGAGGCACGCAAAGCAGGAGAUGCCAUAGCCCAGCUCACAGACGUAGGCUCGGCUUUGCCCUCCCAGUCUGACGGACGCUCCACAGUGUUCAGCGAUAGGACAGGGAUGGUGAAAGCCGCACGCCUGCUCCUGUCGUCGGUCACUAAAGUCCUGGUGUUGGCUGACCGCAUCGUUAUCAAACAGAUAAUCACGUCACGGAACAAGGUCCUGGUAACCCUUGACCAUCUGGAAAGAGUCAGCACCUUUCAGGAAUUUGUACAGAUUUUCAGCCAGUUUGGCAAUGAGAUGGUGGAGUUUGCCCACCUCACAGGAGACAGACAGAAUGACUUGAAGGAUGAGAAGAAAAAAGCGAGGAUGGCAGCAGCCAGAGCAGUGCUGGAGAAAUGCACCAUGAUGCUUCUUACUGCCUCCAAGACUUGCCUGAGGCACCCAGAUUGCGAGUCAGCGCGAAUCAACAAAGACGCUGUGUUCCACCGAAUGCGCUGUGCCCUGGAGCAGGUCAUCGAGAUAGUCACUGAGGCACGGAGCUGUGGGGAGAACAAGAUGCUUCCUGCCAGCAUCUACAACGGCAUCAAGGACUUCAAGUCUAGUGUGGAGUGCCUGCGCGAGAACCUGUACUCCUUAUCACCCCAGGGCAUGGGCAGCCAGCUGGAGGCGCUGGUUGAGCGGUUGGAGGACUUCACUGACUCGGCCUACACCAGCCAUGAGCAGCGGCAGGCCAUCCUAACUUUGUGCCAGCUGGUGCGCCAAGACACUCAGCAGCUGUUGCACCACUGGAUUGAGGCGCAGUCUGCCAAAGCCAAAGAGGCCACAGAGGACAUGGAGGUGGCCAUCCUGAAGACAUGCCAGAGCGUCAGUGACCUCAGACGUGAGCUCCAUAAAGUGGCAGUCAUCCGUGCCUCUGACUUGCUGAAAGUUCACGGAGAGCAGUUGCCUCUGCGCUCUCUCAAAGCCGCGGGCGCUGAGGGAAACCUGGAAGCAGUGGCGGAGUACUCGCGCACACUCACUGAGCAGAAGGAGCAGCUGGUGGAGACGUGUCGGUUGUUGUGCCAUGUGUCGGGGACUGAGCCAUUGGAGAUUACCUGUAUACACGCUGAGGAGACCUUCCAUGUCAUUGGUCCACAGAUUAUGUCGGCGGCGCAGACGCUGGCCCUGCACCCCUCCAGUAAGAUCGCGAAGGAGAACCUGGAAGUCUUCUGUGAGGCCUGGGAGUCGCAGCUCUGUGACAUGGCGCUGUUACUGAGAGAGAUCAACGACGUCUUUGAAGGCAAACGAGGAGAUAAAAGAUCUUAUUUGUCGCUGCCCAGACCCGGGAAACACUCAGUGAACCUGAAGACUGCCAAGGCUGUCAAGUUGGAUGCGGAGGAACAGACAAGCAUGGCCAAGUUGGGGCUUGAGCUGCGUCUGCUGUCAUCAGACGUGGACACGGAGGUGGAAAAAUGGGAGGAACAAGAACAUGAUAUCGUUCGACAGAGCCAGAGCCUCGCCAGCAUGGCCUACAACAUGUACCUGUUUACCAGAGGGGAGGGGCUGCUGAAAACAACACUAGAUCUUUUUCAUCAAGCCGAGGUUCUUUCUGAAGAAGGGCUCCAGCUGUGCUCAUCUCUCCGCACUUUUUCCAUCCAGCUGGUUGAUGAGGAAAAGUCUGCGGUGAUGACAGAGACGGAGAAACUGGUGGCAUUGUGCCAACAGCUGCAGACGGGAGCCAAGACUCCCGUACAGGGCAAGACUGCCACCUUCCAGAAGGUGGACUCAUCUAUUCAGACAGCAAGAGGCGUCUUGGCUGUGGUUCUCUCCCUUCUCCCUUUCUGUAACAAACUCAACAAGAAGUACAAGUCCGAGAAGAGUAGCCUGGGUUCCUCGCAUGACUGGAGGGAGAGGCAGGAUGCAUCCACACCGGUCAAAGAGGACGGAGCUCUCAACGGCAAGAACAGCAACGGAUUUGGUGUCAAAUCACUGGAGCAGCACAUGGCCGGUCUCAACCUGCUGGAGGGCAAAUAAUCCAGGAAAUGGUCACCUCCUCAUUUGUUCACUAUUCUCCCUUGGAGCAGCACAUAGACCACCCUACCUUUCUGGAAAACAUGGAUCCAGGAAAUACCUUACUCUUCUCCACCUCAUUCUCCCACCAUAGUGGGCCAGAGCUGUGGGGUGAAGAUGGUGGCUUAGGGCCAGUCUGAGUUCGUAUUUGUCGUCUGGUGGAUGAGUUAGAAGGUUUACAGACAAAGCAGAUCUAAGCCUUGUGUGGCCAUAGGCGGUUUAAAACCUGGGUAGUUUUUAAGCACCAGUUCAGCCACAGUCCACAAGAUGGAGACAAUCAGUCAACACCUGAGACUUUGUCUCUUCCAAGGAAAGGCCUGGCACACAGCUAAUAUUGCAGUCACUUCUCUCAUCAUUAAGUUGAUAAACUGAAGGUAGAUCAUUAAGGGACUCCAUUUAAUGCUCAGCUCAGCCAUACACCUGUCUUCACAAUGUGCCUCUGCAACACGCGUUGUGGCGUACUAUAGAUAUGUUGCACACAUUAGUCAAACGAGUAAAAAAAAAACAAGUGUGACAUGAAAUCACAUUUUGCAUGACGCUAUCAAAACCCUUGUGUGACAUGUCUCCUAUGAUUAAUAUGCCACUGGUUUGUAAUGUUAAUAGUUGUAAUGUAACGUUAGGCAUUGUGGUACUACUCUGUACAUGAUCACAGCACUACUGUCAGCAUCACACCUGCAUAACUCAUGUGUAAAUGUAAGAUUAAGUAUUUGAAAUGGCUCAUACUAUGUGAUCAAUGUAUAACUUCCAAAGGAUUAUAGUAUAUGUUACAUUCCCCAUGUGCCAUUUUAGAAGCAAAAUACAAAAAGAGAAAAAUCCUCAUUCAAUGCCAAAUAUUGUCUUCAUGAAGACGCUGUAAUCUUCAGCUUGCUACUAUGAAAUAUAAAGCUUAGUUCUCCAGUGUGAAGGACUGGUGAGAUAUUUAGAUUAAUGUUCACAUCACAGAGAUGCUACUUUACAAUAUCUCCAAUAUUGUCAUACCAUACUUCUGUGUAAGCUAUUAUAUCCUGACUUAUUUUUCACAAAGAAAUUGAGAGCUAAUUCUGAUUUGGCACCCUUGCCACAUAGAGCCUUGAAGUGUACUUGUAAUGAAGACUAUCAUUGUGAAGUUGCUGAAUAGGCCAAUGUGUUAUAUUUAGUGGUAUAUGGUAUAAUCUGGUACUUGAAUCACAAAUAGACAGUAUAUAUAGUGUUUAUCCUAAGGUAAUGGCAUUGGUACGGGGCGUGGAUGAAAAAUAAACAUAUAUUAAGAUUUAGAGAUGCUUUGUAUAGUGUGAGAGCAGCUAAGGAUGCUGGGUAUUAUAGUGGCUCAACAGAAGUGAAGAAAUCAGAUCUAGUUUUGGAUCAUCUAUUCUUUUGACUAGUGAAAGGCUAAAAAAAAUGAGACAUGGAAAUUAAACAAUAUUUUUCUUA